AUUCAGGUUUCAAAACUUCAGCAUCGACAUGUCGGAUCUUGAGAACGAAGAAAAGAGAUUCUUUGACGACGAUCAAGACGAGGAAGAAGAAGAAAUGGGAGAAGACGUCAAUCGCCCUUCUGAUUCUGAUGACGAAGAGGAAGAAGAAGACGAAGACGAAGAGGAAGCCCGCAAGAUUGCUGAAGGUUUUAUUGUCGAUGACGAAGAAGAAGAAGACAGUGGUUCCGACCAAGCAGUAACUUCUAAGCGCAAGAAGCGAAAGAAGGUCCAUCAAGUCACUGAAGACGAUAGCGAUUCACUUGACGAAGAAGAUCUUGCACUUCUAGAAGAAAAUAUGGGCAUUAAGCUUGCUAGGAAUGAAGGCCCUCAAUUGAAGCGCUUGAAACGAGGAAGGCAAGAAGCUCGAUCCCAACGCUCUGAUACUGAUAUGAAGAACUUCUUCUCGGACGAAGAAGCUGAAGAAGCAGCAGAUCGAGACACCUACACCAGACGAGAUAAACGCGAUCGUGCUCGGGAAGAAGAAUUCACCUCCAGAAACCGAUACAGACGAGAAUACGACGACAUGAACGAUUUCAUCGCCGACGAUGUUGAGGAUGAUCUCGAGGAUGUUGUUCGAAGUGGCAGAAAAAGUGACGAAGCUAGAUACGAAGAGAAACACGCCCGAGAAUCAAAAGAAAGUCGGCGUGAACUUUUGGAAAUGCUUCCUGCUGAUAUGGAUCAAGACGCUCUGGAUGAUAUGUACGAUAUCUUUGGCGAUGGUGGAGACUAUGAAUAUGCUAUGUUCUCUCAUCAGGAACUUGACCAAGAUAACUACAAUGAACAACAACGCGAACCUCAAUUGAAGGAUGUGUUUGAACCCAGUGAAUUGCAGGAGCGCAUGUUAACAGAAGAAGAUGAGGACAUUCGCCUUCGUGAUAUCCCUGAGCGUAUGCAAAUGCGAUACCAGGGUUUGAAUCGUAACUUCACUCCAGCCACGGAAGAGCAAGUUGAAGCCGAAAGUCAAUGGAUUUCAAAAACAAUGGCAGCUGCAGAAGGCAAAGAACAAGCUUCAGAAGAAAAGUCCAAUGCUAUCAAGUAUAUCGUCAAAUUCUUUACGCAAGAGUUCUUGGAAGUUCCAUAUAUUGUAUACCACAGACGUGAUUACUUCACCGAUAUUGACAAGCAGACUGGACGUACUCGCGAGAUCUUGACGACCGAUGAUCUUUGGAAAAUCUAUGAUUACGAUUUCAAAUACUUUAGUUUUGCCGACCGCAAGCGAACGUUCCACGUAUACGUCAACAAAUUGGGUAUUGAAGAUGAAUAUAUCACCGAGAUGGAAAAGAAGUCGGACAAGAUUGAAGAAAUUGCUGAUCUUAUUGACUAUGUAAAUUUAAAAUACGCACAAGACAUUUCACGAAGCCAAAAGUACAGUAAGGGUCCCAAGCGCCCUGUCAAUAGAUCCCUGUAUAAUAUGAGCAUGAACAGCAAGGUGAAGGACUUUGUUUCGCACUUUGGCAUCGCUCCCAAGGAGUUUGGAGCAAACUAUCUCGAUGGUACCAGACGCCACUAUCCAGAAGAUACUUUGACCGGUCCCGAAGACGAUGCCUCCAACUUUGUCGACGGAACCUUUGUAGAUUCGGAAAAAGUGCUUAAAGCUGCCAAAGCUGUGCUGGCACAAGAAAUCGCUUUUGAUCCCCAAGUGCGAAAAGCGGUGCGUCGCGAUUGGGAAACACGAAGCUGCGUGUCUGUCAAGCCAACCGAUAAGGGUAACCGCAUCAUUGAUGAGUUCCAUCCCAUGCAUCCGUUCAAGUAUCUCUUGGAAAAGCCAGUCAACAAAUUUACAGAUGGCCAAUUCCUGCAUAUUUUGAAAGCUGAAACUGACGGACUGUUGACCAUUGACAUUACCCUGCGUGGAUUCGAUCGCUGGUUUGCCAAAUUCAGUGAACUCUACAUGUCUGAUGGAUAUAGCGACUCUGCGCAGGCUUGGAACAAUCAGAGAUCGUCCAUUCUGAAGCAAGCAUUGGACGAAUACCUUAAUCCUCUGAUGUCCAAGAGCAUCCGAGAAAAGCUUCGGGUUGAGGCACAAGAUCAUAUCUGCCUUACGGCCUGGAAGAAUCUUGAAGAGAAGGUUGACGUCAAGCCAUAUAGAACUCAGUAUGUCGAUGAAGACUCUCUUCCACGCGUCAUGACUAUUUCAUGGGGCAAUGGCGAUCAAAAAGACUCAGUGAUGGUUGUAUUUGUAAACCAAUAUGGUCGUCUCGCAGACCAGCUACGACUCCCCAAUCUAAAAGAUGAUACCAGCCGGCAGCAACUUAUGGACCUCAUCAGCCACCGUAAACCUGAUGUCAUUGGCGUGGCAGGCUUCAACAUCCAAACCAGACGUCUCUUGGACACUGUUCAAACCCUUGUCAAUGAGCUGAAGGAGCAAACAGCCAACAGCCGCAGUUCCAGACAUGACCGUAUUCAUGCUCAAGUCACUAUUGUCAAUGAUGAAGUUGCACGACUUUACCAAGGUUCCAAGAGAGCAACGGAGGAAUUCAAGGAACUCCCUCCUUUGAUGCGAUACUGCAUCUCCUUGGCCCGAAGACUGCAAAACCCUGUCAUGGAAUACGUUGCUCUGGGCAGAGAUUUGCUUCAAAUCCGUCAUCAUCCUCUGCAGGCUCUCGUUCCUGAAGACAUGAUUCUUCCAUACCUUGAAAGAGCUUUACUCAAUGUUGUUAAUUCCAUUGGUAUUGACAUCAAUGCUGCUCUCAAGGACACAUACAUUGCAAGCGCGUUACCCUACAUCUGUGGCUUUGGUCCACGUAAGGCACAGCACACUUUACAACGCAUCGAGGCCACUGGCGGUGAAUUGGAAAGCCGAAGCGCAUUGGUGCUAAGACGACUGACACCCAUGGCGAUUUUCAUGAAUUGUGCCAGUUUCCUGCGCAUCGUUGAUCUAGACGGAGCAGAUAUUUUGGAUGACACUCGUAUUCACCCUCAAGACUACGAACUGGCAAGGAAAAUGGCUGCCGAUGCAUUGGAAAUCGAUGAAGAUGACAUGGAUGAUUUUGAUGCCAAGAAGGCGGUUGUUGCCAAGGUCAUCAGGAGCCAUUCGGACAAGCUGAACGAUCUCAUUUUGGAAGAUUAUGCUGUUGUAUUGCGUGAGCAAUACGAUGCUCCUAAGCGACAAAUUUUGGAGCACAUCAAGUUGGAACUUCAGGGACCUUACCGUGACCGUAGACAAGAGUACAAGAAGUACACCACCAACCAGAUCUUCUCAAUGAUUUCUGGCGAGACUGAUGAUACCCUCAAAGAAGGAUACAUUGUCCCCGUCAUUGUGACCAAGAUUCGGGGCAAGUGGGCCAACUGCCGAUUGGACUCUGGUAUUGAUGGAGCUAUCAGCAUCGAAAAUGCCAGCGAUCGUCGUUUGAUGAGCAUCGAUGAAGUGUUGAAUGUCGGUCAAACGUUGGAUGCCAAGGUGUUACGUAUCGAUCGUGAGCGAUACCAUGUGGACCUCUCAUGCAAAGAAUCGGAUUUGGUGCAUGGAGAUGUAUCGUUGCGAAAGCAGCCUGAUGAUGAAUUCUAUAGCCGUGAGGAAGAAGAAAAGUUGAGGAAACAACAGAGUAGCACAAGAAAGAAGGUCGCCAAAACUAGUCGUAUGAUUAAGCAUCCACUGUUCCACCAACUCAACCAUCGUGAAGCUGAAGAAUACUUAGAAUUUAGACAGCGUGGUGACCUCGUUAUUCGACCUUCUUCCAAAGGAAACGAUCACAUCGCUAUCACCUGGAAAGUGGCAGAUGGCGUUUACCAACAUGUCGACGUUCUUGAAUUAGAAAAGGAAAACGACUAUGCCCUUGGCAAUAAGUUACAGAUCGGUGAUCAGACCUUUGAGGACCUGGAUGAAUUGAUUGUCACGUAUGUCGAAGCCAUUGCAAAGAAGGUGGACGAGUUGAUGGCGCACCAUAAGUACAAGGCUGGUGGCCUGUCUAAGCUAUAUGAUUUCCUCACUUCUGCUACAAUGGCCAAUGCAAAAAUGUCGGCUUACGGCUUCUGCAUGGACGAAAAGGCUGGCUACUUUGACCUGGCUUUCAAACUGAAUGCCAAGGCUUCGCCAACUCGAUGGCUUGUCAAAGUUUUACCUAAUGGCUACAGAUUGCAAAACACAUCCUAUCCCAACGUCACAGAUUUGAUCAACGGGUUCAAGCGUAUUCAAUUAUCCAAAAAUAAUCAAAAACAACAACAACAGCAGCAACAGCAAAGACCACCUCAGGGUCGCUCAUCCAGAGGUGGACCGCCACCGCCUAUGCAUGCAGCACCUCCUAUGGGCUAUCCUCCCCACAUGGGACCACCACCACCCAUGAGACAUCAGUACCCGGCAUAUCCUGGCGGACGAUGGAAUUAUUAAAAACCUACUGUGCAAGCAUUCCCUUUUUUUUAUUGUCUUUUCCUUGUAAUAAACAAACGAACGGAGCCUUUAUGGCUAUCUUACAAACUGAC